CAUGCCCAGCAUCCUUGACUGGACGGAUGAUGGCUUCAGCAUGUGUUUUGGCAUCAACCACUUGGGGCACUUCCUUCUAACCAACCUGCUUCUUCCUCGCCUGAAGGAGUGUGCCCCCAGCCGGGUGGUGACCCUCACAUGCUCCACUUACAAAUACCAGAAAUUGAACUUCCAGGACCUCAAUUACAACUUACUUCCCUUCUUCACCUACUGCCGCAGCAAGCUGGCGAAUAUCUACUUCAGUCAGGAACUGGCUCGCAUCACUGACGGGAAAGGAGUUACUUCAUAUGCUGUACACCCUGGUUUUGUGCAAAGCAACUGGACAUGCCACUACUCUUUCCUGUUCCGGAUGCUGAUGCAGGUGAUCAUGUGGAUGUUUUUUGUGCCGUGUGAGAUUGGAGCUCAGACUGUCAUCUACUGUGCCGUGUCAGAUGAAGCUGCCAAACACAGCGGGGGGUACUUCGUCGACUGCCGACCUGCAGUGCUCCGUCCUUUUGCAAAAGAUGCAGGUGUGGCCAAAAAGCUGUGGGAAGCCAGUGAGAGACUGGUGAAGCUAGCUUAACUGAGGAAUCUGAAGGCACUUUUGAAAUGACCCCACCCCUUCUUGUCUUUGUCUAUAUUAUUUAAGCAGAUUUUGUUAUGUUUUCGUGAACAUUUUGCUGUGUAAAUUCUCUUUUAUGUACUUGUGUAUUUCAAGUAAAAUACUUUAUUUUACAAACACAAA